ACGGAACCCAGGUUAUGGUUUAUUAUCUUCUAUCGUCGAGAAUAAGGCGUCUAGUCGUUUGCCAUGGCAAUGAAACUUAACUUACCAAAUAUUAUCGCGUUGACUAUCAUUACACAUGUCUAUGUCUGUGGUUCCAUUCGCAGCAGUGAACCACCGCAUGUCUUUCGAGACUACUACGAUACAUUUGAAAGUUCAUCUUGUUCCGCGACACACGGAUGUAUCAAAUGCAAUGCUGAAUGCGCAUCAAAAGGGUGCCGUCAAUGUAAGUGUACUGGUGAAUACAAAACCUAUCUUCGCUAUAUGAACAGAUGUGUGAGAGAUAGUGAGCUAUUAUUUUUCCAAGUGGGAAAGAACUCGUUUAUGAUUAAUCAACACUACGAUACGUUGUGUAUGACCAACAAUCAAUCACAUGGCAUUAUGGUAGCUACGUGUAACCAAAGCGAUCCAUCGCAACAGUGGAUCAGAACGUGGCACCAACAACUACUUCACGUGGAAACAUUAAAAUGUAUCCAGCAAAACGGGUUACUUUAUAGAGAAAAAACCAAAUGGUAUUUAAGUCUUAAAGAGUGCAAUAUAUCUGAGACAAAACAAAAAUGGGUUUGUUCAGUAGGAUUUAUUACAAGGACAUUUACGGAAAAAGGUGGUAGGAAAAAUUUCGUAUACAUAAUAAUUGAUACCGAUCAUACGACAAUGAAAAAUACCGUAUUAGGCUCAACUGCAGCGACUACAUAUUGGCAAACUAAACAAGGAAAUACCGAAACAAACUCCUUUUGCCAUCAAGCAUUUGGGUGCACAGCUAUGUUGACCUUGGAUACAAAUUGUCAGCGCAAAGGAAUUCAACUCAUUAAUGACCUUUCUGACUGUUCUGGGUCAUCUCCGAGUGGGUUGCAAUAUUUUCAUGAUGGAACUUGGAAACAAUUCAAUCACACCCAAGCGUUUUUCCUAUUAUCAUAUAUGAAGAAAAACUUAUUUUUGAAGUGGAAUCUCCUAACGGCACUACCAGUUGAACGGAUUUUUAAAUUUAACUUCAAUUGCCAUCUAACUGGAAAUAAUAUGGCCCAAAGAUGUGUUAUCAUCAAAAUUAAAAAGAAAGAUUGCUCAAAGUCGACUCUUAUGCCGAUUUCAUUUACGAAAUCAAUAUCGGAAGAAGCAAAAGAAACAGUGCAUAUCAGCCCGACGCCAAGCUCCGAAUUCGAUCCUUCACCCCGAACAUCUUAUUUCCACACAUUAUUUGACUAUCCUUCAUACCCAACAUCCUCCUUUCGUCGACCAAAUGAAUAUUCUGCAUUCCCAACAUCCUCUUACCACUCAUCAAGUGACUAUCCUUCAUACCCAACAUCCUCCUUCCAUCGACCAAAUGAGUAUCCUGCAUACCCAACAUCCUCUUACCACUCAUCAAGUGACUAUCCUUCAUACCCAUUACAUCCACCGAGUGCAACACUUUCUGCGAGUACGUCAACCAGCAUGGAGUCUGAUUAUGAAAAACAGAAAGGUGAAUCAUCCGCAUUGAAUAUCGUGGGUCUUGUUGUUGGGUUGCUGAUAGCAGCCUUGGUCUUAUGUGGCAUUAUUAUUGGAUUUGUUUAUUACAGAAAAAGGAGGCGUGCAGACAAAACUUCUUCUAUGAUGGAUAUCAAUGGUAAAGGUGUAUUAUCCGGGGACACGAUAAAUCCUGUCUACUCCUCAGCUGAUAAAAACGAAGGAGAAAUAUAUCAAGAACCAGAUGAAAGAGAGGCUUCACGAACUUGCGACUUGUACGAAACAGCUGAUGAUCAUGAGUACGAUUAUGCGAAAGUAGAAUCGAACAAAAAACGUCCAUUACAAUCUCAAGAAACGGAUUACGACUAUGCAAAAAAUGACGAUAUUAAGCCUGCUUCGAAACGAUUGCCUGUUAAGGGUAAUAAUUAUGUCGACCACAGUAUAAAGAGAGCUUCUACAAGUAUUAGCGAUGAAAAAGAAACGGAAAUUGACAAUGAAGCUGGACCUGUGUAUCAAACUCUUGAAAAUGACACCCAACCUGUUUAUCAAACAUUGGAAGUUGAAUGAAAAAAAUGGAAAAAAUGACGAACCUUCGUGCAUUCAUGCAUUGAUUGAACAUUUUUUCGACGCAGACUUCUUUGGAUGACUCUGUUAAUAGACUAUACAUAUAUUUACGACUUUUAAUGAACAUUUAGAUAGAACGUACCAUUAUCCAUGAUUGAAGGUUUAACGAUCUCAAAUAUUUACUUUACGUAUAGCGGUAAUGAAAGACGGUAUGUAUUUAGAAAUAUGCAAAAACUAAUAGCUACUGGGCGACAAGAGGGUUUCGAUAUUUCAAAAAAAAAUUUGAAAAAACCUUUGCAUGGCAAACAAGGCGUGAUAUUUCAACCAUGGAGUAAUUGUACAACUCAGUUAAGGCAUGUGGGAGAUUCUAAGAGUUAACUAAAGCCAAAGGCAUCUUUUCACAAUGGACGGAAUUUUUUGAUCGAACGGAUUUUUUUUGUUUUCUUUUCUAUUGUAAUCGCCGGAAUAAAUCCGCUUCGAUCGACUUCGAGAAACAUUUUCGUUUGCUCAAAGAAUUUCGCUUAGUGAAACCCCCCGAGCUAAAAAAAUAUAGUGGUCAUUAUUAACAAAUUGUUGUCGAAAGCCUAUCGGUUUUCGACGAUAAAAACCGUCAUCAGUCUGUGCACGUAUAUAUGCGUAGCCUUUUCAAUCACUGAUUAACCGUUGCAAUGAUAAUAAGGACCUUAAGCAUGUAGGACGGCAACACGACGACGACGUGGUUGGAAUACUCCUUUAAAUAAAUGUUCUGGUAAAGCGUUGUUUUAUAUUAUUAACUGUACCAAUUUAAUGAGAUAUAAGACGUUGAAAAUAUUAUGUUUACGUUUAGGGACAACUCUAUAGAGCUAAUUCGAGGUAACGCUCACUGGGUCCUGAAAUGCAGACGUUCUACAUAGGACGUUAUAAACGACGUCUUGCCGUAGUAUAUUCGCCGGAAAAUAGCAAAUUAUUAUUAUUAUUAUUAUUAUUAUUAAUACACAGUUCUAGUAGCUACUACCAGCUAAAUUGUUAUGUGCAUUACAAUAACAAGUCUAUAUUUAAACUAUGAUAACAAUAAAAAACUACAUUAAAGCUAUACAGGGUGUCCCAAAAAAAUGUCCC